AUGAAUACCCUCACCCAACUGUACUUUAUCGCGACUCGUCUCCCCAGGAUGGACACAGCAUCCACCAGUUCGAUCCUCACCCAUGUCGUUUCCAAAACAUCCGCAGGUAUCGGCGUGUUAGACCUUCUCCACAACACCUCGGCAGCCUACUUCGUCGAUGUUCAGCCUUCCUUGCCGGUCAAGGUCCUUACCGGCGUGGGCUUCGGACUCAUGUCAGCAGUGAGCGACUGGAUCUUUGGGGGAUGUCUCGUGUACAAUCUGAUUGCGCUGUCUGUCGGGCAGUCCAUCUACGGAAACACAGGCUGGGGUAAGCUGCUUGGCAUAUACGCUGGAGGCGCUGCAGCUAUUGUGGGGUCCAAGAAUAUUUUAAGACCGCCGUAUAUCGUUGGGGAGGGCUAUGAAGCUCUAUGA